AUGGCAUCACCCAGUGAUUUACUAGGAGCUCCAAUCAUCUCAUAUACCUCAUUGCGUGUUGAUAAUCUUCACCCUAAUGUUAAUGAGGCAAUGUUAUUCGACAAAUUUGCAAGUGUUGGGCCAAUUUCAUCAAUUCGAGUCUUUCGUGAUAUGAUUACACGACGAUCACUUGGCUAUGCUGAAGUCAAUUUUCAACUAGCAACUGAUGCUGAAUAUGCAUUCGAUACAAUGAAUUUUGAUUUUCUUCAUGGUCGUCCAUUACAUAUUAAGCGGUGUCAACGUGAUUCAGCAUUACGUAAAUUAGGUGUUACCAAAGUUUUUAUUGAAAAUUUAGAUGAAA